AUGCCCCUUCAUAAAUUAUUAGAAAAUUUUGCGAUUCAUGAUUACCUAUCGUUGACAGGUAUCAUAUUAGCGAUAUACGUGGCGCAGUAUUAUUACACGUAUUUCACUCGCGUUAAUCCUUUACUUGGUCCAUUCCUAUUCCCAUUAUUUGGAAAUCUACCUCAAUUCCUACUCAUUAAUGGCGGAAAUUUAAAAGCAUUUUCGGAAAGUAAUCAAAAAACUUAUGGUGACAUUUACGAAGUUCACUUGGGAGUUCGACGUAUAAUCGUCCAAUACUUUACACAAGCAAUUUUGGCACCAAAAUUCACUCAAAAAGCUAUUGGUUGGACGAAUGAACUUUUCAAUGAAUUGGAAAGUUAUUGGAACAAGUUAUAUCUAAAAGAUGAAAUUGUUAAAGAAAAUAAGAAUAAAUUGGAUUUCUCUGCAUGGUUAAACAGAUACACAAAUGAUAUGAUUAUCGCAUUAACAACUGGCGAAAGAUCUUAUACAAUGGCAGCAUACUUUAAUACUCAAAGUGACGAAAAAGCCACGCAUCCAAAAGCGAUCGUCGAGGAUUCCGAGAACUUCGUUCGAGCAUUUCGUAAACGCAUAGUGGGAGCGCCGAUGUUCAUCUUUAUCCCACCUUUCAUCAGACAUUACUUUCCAUUUAUCAAGAGUAGAUCGGACGAUUUGCUUAAAAAUAUUGGAUUAAUCUAUCAGAGGUUAGAGAACAUUAUUAAGAGGCGCAGACAAGAAAUUGAAAAUACUUCGCAGGAUAAACCUUUAUCAAAUGAUAUGCUGACCUCGUUGAUCACGGCAAGUACACCUCGCGACAUUAAUUAUAUCAAAACUGUCGAAGGCGAAGCUAUGAACAGACCUAUACCGAUCUUGAAAUUCGUGACCGCGAAUAUGAUUACAUUUAUUAUCUAUCAUAUCGCUCAUAAUUUAGAAGUAAAGAAAAAGUUGCUAGAAGAAAUUGAUGGAAUAUUCCAGGGUGAUAAAACGCGUCCAAUAACGGAAGACGACUUACACAAACUUAAAUAUUGUGAAGCGAUCAUAAAAGAAGUAGAUCGCGUUCUACCGGUUGCAAACUUGAUGGUGAGAUGUAGUCAAGAACCUGAUGAAAUAGCGGGUUAUAAAUGGCCAGCUGGUACAAUGUUUCAUGUGAACGCCGUUUCGAUUCAUAAACACAAAGAUUAUUGGGAAGAGCCCGAAAAAUUUAAUCCUGAUAGGUGGAUGAUUAAAAGUUUCGAACCUGAGAAAUAUUCUUUCAUCAUGUUUGGUGGCGGGUUAAGGAUCUGUCCGGAAAGAAAGUUGGCCAUGAUCGAAUUAAUUUUUUUGAUGGCUUUGUUAUAUGAAAUUGAUUUGGUGGAUAUGCAAUCUCCUUUAAAAACUGUAUCAACCGCUUUAACCACUUGUCCCGAAUUGUUCGUUAAGGUUAGACCAAGAAAUUAA